AUGACUCAAACUUAUUUCGACGUUGCUGCCAAUGGCAAACCAUUGGGAAGAAUCACAUUCAACUUGUAUGAUGAUGUUCCAAAAACCACCGAGAAUUUCAGAGCUUUGUGCACUGGAGAAAAAGGUUUUGGAUACAAGGGAUCGAUUUUCCACAGAGUGAUUCCUCAGUUUAUGUUGCAAGGUGGUGACUUCACUAACUUCAACGGUACUGGUGGCAAGUCUAUCUAUGGAGCCAAGUUCCCAGACGAGAACUUUGUUCACACCCACAGCAAGCCAGGUAUGUUAUCCAUGGCCAAUGCUGGUCCAAACACUAAUGGUUCUCAAUUCUUCAUUACUACUGUUGUCACCCCAUGGUUAAACGGUAAGCACGUUGUUUUUGGUGAAAUUGCUGAUGGCUUGGACAUUGUUAAGAAGAUUGAGACGUUGGGUUCUCCUUCCGGUGCCACUAAGGCCAAGAUCGAGAUUACCGACAGUGGUGAAUUAUAA